AUGUCCACUACUGUCACCGUCACCGUCCUUUACUUCGCCUCCGCUCGAGAGGCGACUCGAACAGAGUCCGAGCGAAUUUCUUUCGCCACCUCUUCCUCUUCCUCCUCCUUUGCGACGACGAACGUGUCCGCGCUUAAAGUCGCUCUGAUUGAAAAGCACGGGGAAAAACUCGCUCGGAUUUUAGAAACGGCCGCGAUAUCCGUCGAUUGCGAGUACACGGAAGGGGAUGAAGAUGAGAUUCGGAGUGGGAGCGAGGUGGCGGUUAUUCCGCCCAUUUCUGGCGGGUAG